ACCACAGAAAUAUCACUCCAACCCGGCAAAAAGGAGCUCCCCUGAACCGGCAAGUUCUUGGGGGAAAAGGAAAAUAUAGAAGACGAACUCGAAACCCUAGUACUUGCAGAGCGUAACGUAGUAGCAGUGGAAGUCGAAGAACAAUGUCGUCGACUCUACUGGAGGUGACUCGUGCAUCGCACGAGGAAGUUGAACGCUUCGAGCGGCUUAUUGUGAAGGAUCUCCAGACUGAGCCUGCUACUAACAAGGACCGGCUCCACCAGAGUCACCGCGUUCGUAACAUGAUCGAGCAAAUCAUCGACACCACACACAAACUGGUAGAUAUAUAUGAAGACAAAGACGGUGCAAGGAAGGAUGAAAUUGCAGCUCUGGGAGGUCAGACAGCAACUGGAACAAACGUAUUUAGUGCGUUUUAUGACAGAUUGAAAGAGAUUCGUGAAUACCAUAGAAGGCAUCCUGCUGCGCGGGCUAUUAUUGAUACUGGUGAUGAAUACGAGCAGCUCCUCAAAGAAGAACCACAAAUUGAGUUUAGUGGCGAGGAAGGUUCUGGGCGAUACCUUGACUUACACGAAUUGUUUAACGAGUAUAUCAACUCCAAAUUUGGUGAGCCAAUUGAAUACACAGCUUAUCUUAAUGUAUUUUCCCAGCCGCAGAAGAUUCCUCGUAAAGCAAAGUCGACAAGGCAGUACCUAGAAUAUUUGCAGAAACUAUUGGAGUAUCUGGUCUAUUUUUUUGAGCGGACGGAGCCCUUGCAGGAUCUUGAUAGGAUAUUCUCAAAGGUAACAAGUGAAUUCGAAGAGGAGUGGACUUUGGGCAAGGUAGUAGGAUGGGAAAAUAAUGGUCAGGAAAAUGGAAGUGCUUCAGAGAAUCAUACUGUGAUUGAUCUUGAUUAUUAUAGUACAGCUGAGGAGCUGAUGGUAGUGGGACCAGAGAAGUUAAAGGAGGCAUUGGGAGCACUGGGAUUGAAAACAGGAGGUACUAUUCAGCAACGUGCUGAGAGACUUUUCCUUACGAAGAAUACAUCACUAGAAAAACUGGACAAAAAGCAUUUCGCAAAAGGCUCGCGGAAACCAGAACAAAACGGUGUUGUUGCAGCUCCUCAAGUGGGUGAUGUAAAAGAGAUUGCUCUUCUGGAAGCCAAGAUAAGAAAGCUAUGUGAUCUGUUGGAUGAGACCAUUGUGCGGACAAGAGAAAAUGUUGAGAAAAAGCAGGCUUUGACAUAUGAAGAAAUGGAGGCAGAACGUGAAGAGGAUGAUGUUCAGGCUGAGUCUGAGAGUGAUGAAGACGACCAACAAAUUUAUAAUCCUCUGAAAUUGCCAAUGGGUUGGGAUGGGAAACCUAUUCCGUACUGGUUAUAUAAACUUCACGGUCUUGGUCAGGAGUUCAAGUGUGAGAUAUGUGGGAACCAUAGUUACUGGGGCCGUAGGGCUUAUGAGCGGCAUUUCAAGGAAUGGAGACAUCAACAUGGGAUGCGUUGUCUCGGUAUCCCGAAUACUAAGAACUUCAAUGAGAUCACAUCAAUCGAAGAAGCCAAGCUACUUUGGGAAAGAAUCCAAGAAAGACAAGGGGUGAAUAAGUGGCGCCCUGAUCUUGAAGAAGAAUAUGAAGAUCAAGAGGGCAACAUCUACAACAAAAAGACAUAUACUGAUCUUCAACGCCAGGGAUUGAUUUAGAUUAAUUUCUGUGGAGUUCAUCAUUCCAUUUGGCGGUAUGUUGCUUUAUUGGUUCUGGGUGGAAAUGUUCUGCACCUCUUGCUUAUGCAUUCCUUUUUUCCUAGAUGAUAUUGGACAGACCAGAUGUCUUGGUUUUGGUUGAGCAAGCACUUGUUAAUCAGUAAGCGAUUGUUGAUGUAAGCGAUUGUUGAUGUACUCACCUGGUAACCCCUCUCAGAAGUUACUUGGAGUUUUGAAUUCACUUAGUGGGAGACUGAGGGACAAGACUCAGAUUUCUAUUUGGAAUGUGUGAAAUGGCAUGCAUGUAUUAGCGAGGAUGUCAUUAAAUGGGCUAUCGUUAUUGUUAGUUUUUUUGUUUUUGAAACAGAGUCGUAGUCUUCGGUCUUUUGAUGUUUUUCACUGGCUGUUUGGGGUUCCAAUGAAGACAUCCAAAUAUUUCUGUAUACAUCACUGUUAUUUUGUACUUUUAAGCUAUAGUCGUAAAGUAAAUGAACGAAGGCUGUCGCAUCUUUAUUGCCAA